AAAAGUCACCAGUGGGACCUCGGCGGUCCUGUGCCUAAUUUUAUCCGUUAAAAAAACGAAUCGUUUCGGGAAAUGGUAUUAUCGGAAGCCCAUCAAUGAGACGCUCCGCCUCUACGGCGCUGGCAACCGUAUCUAACAGAUAGAGAGUCCAUGAGUAACCAGCUAGGUGGGGGUGCAUUAAGGAAAUUAUAAGAGGAAAUUAUAAGGCAUCGCUGAUGACGUACAUAUCGGGAGAAUAAUGAUAUAUUACAGGCGGACUUUUACCUUUAGAAGAGGACACUGUGUUACUGCUUUGUAAAACUGGCUUUUAAAUGCCAUCGUCAUGUAAGGAUUACAGGACUGAAGAUAAAUGAGAACUCCAACGAAUUCCGUUAAAAUUCCUUUUAAAAGGUGGAUUAAAGAAGUAUUUUACAUCCACUAAGAGCAGUAAAGGAACCGUCAGAGAAAAUUGAUCCCCACUAUAACGUCCCUCAAGAAAAGAUAAUCAUCACACCCAUUAUGACUGGAACCCAGAGCCCGCUGCCAUGCUGCCACUCCAUGUGGGUGGGGGGGACUGGCUCAGGGGACAGGGCAGCUGGAGGUCUCCGGACAGCAUUCCCAUGGUUCCACUCUCCAGCCAGUAUGGAAACAGAGCAUGGCAGCUUAACCACGAGCCAGACAACAGUCAGAUACGAAUUAAUUUGCCGAAGGAUUCCAGUACAUUCCGCCAUGAAGAGCAGCCCCCAGGGACACUGCGAAUGGGUGUCACAUCAAUGCGACGGAGAGGAACACUGAAGACAGGUCUACUGCCAGGUGGUAAUGUAGCUCUGGAGAAGAUUGGCCUGACCGAAGAAGACGUCAGGGAUGAGAUCAUGAGCGAGGAGCAGGACCUGGUGAAAGAGCUGGUGACCAUGUCAACGAGGGAAUGUAUCCAGGCCAUCCGAGACCUACCCAUGUGCAUGGAAGACAAGAAAAAUAUCCGGAACCAAGUACUGGCAUCAAAGUCUUCUAAGAAGGGCUUCUUGCUCACCUGUUCUGCGGACUGUUCUGAGCAGAUUUCUUUGUCUCUCCGCAGGUGUGGCGUUGGCUUGUCGUCGGCCAGGCAGGCCGUGCGGCUGUGGCAGGGCACCAUGAAGGAGAUCGGGGGCCGUUUUGGCACCAGCGUCCUGUCGUACUUCAGCUUCCUGAAGUGGCUGCUCAUGUUCAACACCAUCUCCUUCCUGGUCAACUUCGGCUUCAUCACCAUCCCGCAGCUGGUGCAAACCUCAGGGCGGAGCCCUGAUGUACGCUUCACAGGGCUGGAACUGAUCACCGGUGCUGGGUAUUUCAAUCAGACAGUAAUGUACUACGGUGGCUACAUAAAUGGGACGAAGGACAGUGACUUCAAGUACAACAUGCAGCUGGCCUACUUCUUCACCAUCGCAGCCUACCUGGUCUUAUGUGGAGUGUCUCUUAUCUACAGCAUGGCCAGGUCGUUCCGGAGGAACUUUGUGCUCUCGGACCUGAGCUCGGGCAGCGCCUGGCGUCUCCUGUGCAGUUGGGAUUUCAGCAUGGUCAAUGAGAGAGCUGUACGACAGCGUAAGAAUAACCUGCGGGUCCAGCUUAAGGAGUCUCUUUCGGAAAUGAUGCAGACAAAUUUCCUGCCUGUGUCAGAGAGGAUGAAGCAGCUUGGAAUCCACCUGUGCACCUGGGUGGUUUCUGCGGGGCUUGCAGCCGGCUCCUGUGCUGCCAUAUAUUACCUAUGUCAGUACAACCUCCAGCAGAUCAAAGUGUCUCAAAACCCUGGAAAUCUGAAGGAAGAGGCCUCUACUCUACUUCUCCCAUUCGUGGUGUCCCUAUUCAACCUCGUCAUCCCACUCCUCUACUCACUGCUCAGCAAGGUGGAGAAUUACUCCAACCCUCGCUUUCAGAUCUACGUCAUCAUCCUCAGAAAUGUCUUCUUAAAGAUGUCUAUUCUCAGCAUCCUGUGCUUUCAUUGGGUGAACAACGUGACUACAAAUGUACCAAUGUGUUGGGAAUCUUAUGUGGGACAAGACUUGUACCGGCUCGUGAUCGUCAACUUCUUCUUCUCCAUAUUUGGCUCAUUCUUCGGAGAGUUUCUGCGCAGAAUCAUCGGAACCAGGUGUAUGCCAAGCAUUGGGAUUCCAGAGUUUGAUAUUGCUACAAACGUUUUAGACCUGAUCUAUGCACAAACCCUGACAUGGUACCUUUCUUCCAACUAUGCAUCUGUUUGUAUACACGUAUACUUAAUCACAUUUGGUAUCUUCACAAUCCGUCUCUUCACAUCCUCUCACAUCUGUCCAUUAUUUUUUCUCUUCAGGAUUGGCAUUUACUUUUCCCCACUUCUGCCACUUAUACAGAUGAUAAAGUUAUUUCUUCUGUUCUACUUGAAGAAGGUCAGCCUAAACAGGAACUGCCAGCCCCCCCGCCGGUCCGGCCGUGCUGCCCAGAUGCAGACCAUCUAUAUCGCGCUGCUCUUCUUCCCCUCCUUUGUGGGGGCGCUGUCUUUGGUGGCGUACACAGUGUGGUGCCUGACGCCCUCAGACAGCUGCGGGCCUUUCCAGGGCCUCAACACCACCUUUGAGGCAGUGUCCCUUUGGAUGGAGGACACAGCCAUCAUCUCAGAAUUCUCUUGGGCCGUGUGGAUCUACAGCCAUAUGAUUAAGAGCGAGCUCUUCUUCUUCCUUCUUGCCCUGAUCUUCCUGGUGCUGAUAUACUUUUUUUGGCAAAUAACUCAAGGACGCAAAAUGUUGAUUAUUCUUCUCAAAGAACAGAUCAUUAAUGAGGGCAAAGACAAAGCUUUUCUGUUAGAGAAGCUCAGGACUUUUCAGAAUCUUUCCUUGGUUCCCUAUCAUGCAGAGAAUGUGCAUGGACCUCAGUACUUUGAGAGGACAUAUCAGACUGAAUCAGAUUACAGUGAAGGCUAUCAAAGAGGGGCUUGCCCUGAAGAGGACACCCCUCCUUUUGCUUCCAGUGCUCUGAUGCAGGCUAUGAUGGCUAGACGGCAAGCGGAGGAAGAAGAUGAAGAGUAUUAACAGCUCCGGUUCAUUAUAUCAUCUCUCCAGUGAUAUUUAUUAGUUUUACUUCAGUUGUAAAGCAGGGGGUCUUUCUUGAGUGGUUUGCUCUUUAAGUAACCCCAUUGCUAAAGGGUGCACCAGUUCUUCUGCUGUGAUUUUACUUGAAAUGCUACCAGAUGUCAAAAGUGUUUAGUUCUCCCCACAAACAAAAGCACUCCAUUCCUAGUUGCCCAGCCUUUAAAUAUCAUAGUAAAAAAAUGAGACAAUUUGAUACUUUCUUCUUUUAUACCUGAUCUUCUUCAUGAUUUCAGCUGUUAUCAUUUAACUUCAUAUUCCUGGCUCCUGUCUGCUGCAAGGAGGUUCCACACUGCAAAAAAACGGCAUCACAUAUCAGGUCUUCAGAUCUGUGUAAAAUGAUAAGACACUCCAACCAACCUUGACAGCUGUGGACAUGCAAUAAAUUAAGCAAGGCGUGAAGGAAUAAAUCCCACUCUCACUGCAUUACAUUCUCCUUUAAAGCUAAUUAAUUCAGCUGCUAGAGAAAAACAGUGGCAGCCUUAAAUGGUAUGUCAGACAAUGAACGCUGGAGAGCAUCUUGAUUAAAUCACUCAGUAGCCAAGUAAUUAUUUCCAGAAAAGAUUAAAGGGUGUAAAAGAUAAAUUGUCUACCACAGGCAUAUUACUCUAAUAUAUAUUAGAUAAAAUUGUUUGUGCAUCUGUGGUCCUGCAACCUCUGAUACAAGUACUGACAUAUAAAACCUCAAUCUUGUAGUCCAGCAUAAGAAGGUCGUAUUCAGCCUAGUAAUGAUGGAAAGAUAGGUGUACCUAUAUUCAGAACGUGCAUUGUGGCUUUAAUUAUGUAGAUCACGUCAUUGUUUCGUAUUCUUAUUGUAAAACACAUUCUAUUGACCUACCUGUACACUGAUCUAAACAGUGUAGUUCUGUAAACUGUAAAUAUUGUAGCAUUAAAAUGAAUAAAACGAAUCUUAAGAAA